GACGUAGCCCUUGCCGACAACUCUCCCGAUACUAGUGGAGUGAAGGCGUAUUUGGAGGGAUAACGCUAAAGCGCUCGGCCACUGUAUGUGUGUCUGGGGGGGAAAAGACACCGCCGCUGCCGCUGUCUCUGUGGAGACACACACCGCUCACCGGAACCGGAGAGGACUGCCUCGACUGGGACUGUUGAGGCGUAAAUGGCCACAACAUUUUCCAAAAGAAGACGCUGCCCGUGAGACAACCUGUGCACCAAAUGCGUCCUGGAAAUUAGGACGCGCAUUUGCUGUAAAUUAGACCCCCCCUUUUUUUUCGCACAACGGAAGUUUCUCUGACCGAUUUUUGUAAAGAGGAGGGGGGUCUUGAUUUUUAGGCUGCAAUCAUGGACGAGGACAACCAAGUACCCGAGGACCUCUCUCUGGAGGAAAGAGAUGAGCUGUCGAACAUACGACGCAGGAAAAAGGAGCUUCUGGAUGAUAUUGAACGGCUGAAGUUUGAGAUUGCAGAGGUAAUGACGGAGAUUGAGCAGCUAACCUGCGUUGGGGAGAGCAAAACCACGCAAAGAAACAAACAGAUCGCCAUGGGGAGGAAGAAGUUCAACAUGGACCCUAAAAAGGGGAUCCAGUUUCUUUUAGAGAACGAUCUUCUCCAGAACACCCCGGAGGACAUUGCACAGUUCCUCUACAAAGGCGAGGGGCUCAACAAAACAGUCAUCGGGGACUACUUAGGGGAACGGGAUGAGUUUAAUAUCAAGGUCCUCCAAGCAUUCGUGGAGCUUCAUGAGUUUGCCGACCUCAACCUCGUACAAGCCUUAAGGCAGUUUCUGUGGAGCUUCAGACUUCCUGGCGAAGCCCAGAAGAUUGAUCGUAUGAUGGAGGCGUUUGCCUCCAGGUACUGCCAAUGCAAUCCCGGAGUCUUCCAGUCCACAGACACCUGCUAUGUCCUAUCAUUUGCCAUCAUUAUGCUGAACACGAGCCUGCACAAUCCCAACGUCAGAGACAAGCCCCCCGUGGAGCGCUUCAUCUCCAUGAACAGAGGGAUCAAUGAGGGGGGGGACCUCCCAGAGGAGCUACUCAGGAAUCUAUACGACAGCAUCAAGAGCGAACCCUUCAAAAUCCCAGAGGAUGAUGGGAAUGACCUGACACACACGUUCUUCAACCCAGACAGAGAGGGCUGGCUGCUUAAAUUAGGUGGCCGAGUGAAAACCUGGAAGAGAAGGUGGUUCAUCCUGACCGACAACUGCCUCUACUACUUUGAAUACACAACAGACAAGGAACCCCGUGGGAUCAUCCCGCUGGAGAAUCUCAGCAUCAGGGAGGUGGAGGAGCCCCGGAAACCUAACUGUUUUGAGCUCUAUAACCCCAAUCACAAGGGUCAGGUGAUCAAAGCCUGCAAGACAGAGGCAGAUGGGCGUGUUGUUGAGGGCAACCACGUGGUGUACAGGAUAUCAGCGCCCACGCCAGAAGAGAAAGAGGAGUGGAUUAAAUCCAUCAAGGCCAGCAUUAGCAGAGAUCCCUUCUAUGACAUGCUGGCAACCAGGAAGAGACGCAUCGCCAACAAGAAAUGAAAAGGGACAAUCUUCCCAACCUCCAUUGCCACCAUCUUUCUCUCCUUCCAUUCAUAAACACAUAAACCACACGCUGAAAAGCUGGUUCACCACAGACAUGACUGUCAACCCCAGAAAAGACCUCUGAAGACAAACCCCACUUUCUUCUGUGGACUCUCAAGUCUUGUGCUGGGGAGACACCACACGCUAAGGAGCUCCAGAAAACUCAGUUAGAUGGACUUGAUUCCUGCAUGGAGCAGCACAUGAACGACCAUCCAGCAAAUUCGAUUCUUCCCCAUCUCAUACACACCCCCUGCAUCCCCUUCUCAUGGUCAUAACUUGUUUCUAGGUCUCCCUAAAGCACAACUGCUGUGUUUCAGGUGCAUGCAUGUGGGGCUAUUAUAGACCAAUAUUUGUGUUUGUGUGUGUGUGUGUGUGGGUGUGUAUGCAGCAGUGUGCACGCUAUCAAUGCACACAGCAUCUACAGUAUGCGUGCAUAAGUCCCCCCCACCCCCCCCCCCC